ACCGGACCUGACCAAGGCCGUUCCGUCAGCGUUUUCAGACGCCCGUGGAUCGCAGGUGCUGGAGCGGAUCUUCGGUUUUCACAGCUAGAGACUACAGCGACAAAAGAUGAGCGGAACGCUGGGAAAGGUGCUGUGCCUGCGGAACAGUACCAUUUCAAAGGAAGCCUUUGCAUUCCUAAGAUUCAGAACUUGGGGAGAGAAUCCUAUUUAUUGUACAGGUGGCAUUCUACUGAGUACCAGUCGGCAGUACAGGACAAAGCCCACUCAUGGCAUUGGAAGAUACAAGCACCUAGUUAUAUCACAAGAGCCCAAGAAGAAAAGGGGAAAAGUGGAAGUGAGACCCAUUAAUUUGGGGACAGAUUAUGAAUAUGGGGUUCUAAACAUUCACCUGACUGCAUAUGACAUGACCCUGGCUGAGAGUUAUUCUGAGUAUGUGCACAAGCUCUGCAACCAACUCUCUAUCAAAGUUGAGGAAAGUUAUGCAAUGCCCACCAAAACCAUGGAAGUGUUUCACCUGCAGGACCAAGGCAGCAAAAUGUUCCUGGACUCGGUCCUUACCACCCAUGAGCGAGUAGUUCAGAUCAGCGGUCUGAGUGCUACAUUUGCAGAGAUUUUCUUGGAAAUACUCCAGAGCAAUCUUCCUGAAGGAGUCAGAUUGUCAGUAAGAGAGCACACUGAAGAGGACUUCAAGGGAAGGUUCAAAGCUCGUCCAGAACUAGAAGAAUUGUUGGCCAAGUUGAACUAGCUCUUGCAGACCAUUUCAUGAUGGCACUGGUGAUACUGCCAAGCAGAAAACUUCCUGGGUAGAUAGACUUAAGCCAGAAGACAGCCUGGCCCUUAGGUUUUAUUUCUGCCUUUUCCUACAUACAGGAAUAUUUCCUCUCCUCUGGCAUGGUUGUUACUAAUUGUUAUCACUUACCUUUGAGAUAACCUGGAGUGAGCCUAAUCUAAUAAAAAUCUGUGACUGAUGCAAA